ACAUAAAAGCGAGAGACUGAAGGGUAUGGAAUGGAACUGAUGAGGGACUCCGGGGCCUUGGCCAUGAAAGAGUGAGGAAUGCUUCUGUGGCUGGAGAAGCUCCGUAGGUUGCCUGUGCAAACAGCUGGCAGUAACCUGUACAAGCUGCCGCCGCAAGAAGAGCGAGACUAGCCCUACUGUAUCUCUUCUCAUCUCUGCGGACUCAGAAAACAUCAGUCGCCUGCAGAAACCGAGACAGGCCCAGCAAUGGAUGUCAUGCUGCUUGUCCUAAUACUCUCUGUGUGUGGGCCGGUGUGGGCCACCACCAUUGACAUGGACUAUGGUGGCGUUCCCCUGUGGAUCAACCGCUUUCUGGGCGAGCCGAGCGUCCUGAGCUUGCGGGAUCGGAUGGAGCCGGGCUGGUUUCGAGCUGUCAACACCCAGAGUUGCCCUCUAGAAUGCGACUGUCCGAUCCAGUGGCCCACGGCCUUGUACUGCGAGCACCGAGGCCUGCAGCACCUUCCGGAAGGCCUACCAUCCAGGAUCCAGUACCUCUUCCUCCAAGGCAACGCGUUGACUGGCUUCAAUUCUGGAGUCUUCGCCAAUAUGUCCAGUUUACGAUGGCUUUUCUUGGACCGCAAUCAGAUUCUCAGCGAGAGGCUUGAACCAACGCUACUGUCCAAUCUGACACGAUUAGUGAAUCUCUUCAUGAACCAUAACAACCUGACAGAGGUGCCAACCGGCCUGCCAAGAGGACUCAAGCAGCUCAGACUUGCGUACAACCAUAUUGAGAAGAUUUCUCCAGGAGCUUUCCGGGAUCUACGGAAUCUGACGCUGCUUCUGCUGCAAGGCAAUCGGCUGAAGACUGUUAGCGAGGCAGACUUUAAAGGUCUCCCAAUCCUGAACUUGCUGGAUCUCAGCCACAACAACCUGGAGACGUUCCCCAAGCAUCUGCCUCCAUCUGUCCAACAGCUCUACCUCUCCGGCAACGACCUGACCGGCCUGUCCGAGGACUGCCUCCAGGACUUUAACGGACUCCGCUAUUUACGUCUUAGCCGCAACAGGCUAAAGAACCAAGAUCUGGCCUCUGCCGCCUUCAACGUGACCUCACUGGUGGAACUGGACCUGUCCUACAACCAGCUCACUCAGAUCCCAGUGGUCCCAACCAGCCUCCAAUACCUCUAUCUGGAGGUCAACCACAUCAGAGAAUUUAACGUGAGCAGCCUCUGCAGGACAGUGGGCCCAACAUCCUACUCACGCUUGAAGAUCCUGAGACUGGACGGCAACAAGAUGGCGUAUCAUCAGCUGCCACCUGACUGGGUGUACUGUCUGAGAGUGCUUCACAACAUCUACAUCUGAUCUUUGUCUUUUUAGCUCAGUUUAUCUCAACUCAGUGUAUCUUAACUCUUGAGUGCAGCUUAACCACUUCGCUUCGCUAGAUGGUCUAGAUUAAUCAAAUUUGGACACACCUUCUAAUAAAAACACACUCUGACACACUGUCCAUGUACUGUAACUCUCAUUAUACCACAGUUAGUUCCGACCCUGCAAAGUGAUUGGCUGAACGACGCUUUAUGAGUGCCGCUAUCAGACGGUAAUGCACUGAAACUGAAGCUGUCCAUGUAUUACUCCGUCACAUACAAGUAACCUAACAGUGAUACAGCGCUUACAAGCCAAACAGCGCAGCUACAAACAGUGCAGCAAUGGAACUUUUUUAACUCGUUUUUUCUCGUCCUCUUUACGUGAGAAUCUUUCAAUAAACAGAGACAAUUGAAUGGUGGUAUAAUUGCAAUAAUACACUCGAGGUUCGUGCUGUAACGUGUAAUGAUCUACGACUGCAACAUAGCAGUUCCAAUUUUCAUCGUUAUAGCACUCUCUCUCUCGUUUAUUGCUUAAAAAGUAAAAAAAGUACUGCCCAAAGAAUAGGACUCUCUGGAGCAGAUAAAGUGCAUGAACCUAUUGGCACCAUGACUAAUGAUAGGUGUGUCAUUAGUCUUACAGUAGAAGGGAUUAGGUCUGUGAAGCAUUGAGCUGUGGAGCAGUGGGAGAACCAUGUUCUCUGAAAUGGUGGUGCUCCAUCCAGUACUUUUUGGCUGAGUGGGGAAUUGUUACCUCACCAACUCUCAGCUUUUGUUGUUACUGAAUGCAGUCAAUCUAAUUCUUGGAGAAAAAACACUAUUAAAUAGCCUUGAUUUAGAAAGAAACAAUAAAUGAACUGGUGUCCCAAUAGUUUUGUCCAUCUAGUGUAUAAAUGCUACAUGCUUCUGGUUUGUAUAUCUGCUGCAAAAUUGUUCAGAGAUUUAUUAAACACAGCAUAUAUAUCAGAUUUAACAGGUCUGUAAGUUUUGUGUAGAUGUUGUAUGUGCUAAUGUCUCCUACUGGACAUGCUUCAAAUUAUUGCUAUCCAAUGAAAAACAAGUCUCCAUUUCAAUCUCAUUUUUGUCUAAGUUACUACACUGUAAGCCCAGAUAAGUUGAAAUUACUUAAAAAAUGAUUUAACUUUUUUUAUUUUUGUUAUACGCUAAGUUGAGUUUACCUAACUUUUUUAAGGCAACCAGUUUGCACAAUUUUAUAAAAUAAUAAUGGGGAAUGCAACGAAAAGGGAAACGUUUUUUUUUUUGCUAUACCAAUUAAUUUGCCCCAAAAUCCUACUUAGUAUCUUGUGUUCCAAAUAAAUAAAUAUGUAUAUCUUCUUGUGUUUUUUUAAAUUUCGUUUUUACUUUUACUUUUAUAAAUAUUCACACUGAAUGAUUUGCAAGUUUACCAAAGGUAGCCAGAAUGCCAAAAGAUUGUGACAGAAGCCAAUGUAAAAAAAAAAGCUGCCAAUGGCAACAGACUAAACUCAUUUAUUAUAAGUUGGUUUAACUCAAAGAUCUCUGUUUAAGUGUAAGAAGUAAAAGUAAGUAAGUAUACUGUAAACCCAGAAGUAUGUUUUACAUAAAAUUGGAUAUUCCUAAACAAUACUCAACUAUUUUAAGUUAGCCGAACAUUGUGGGCACAAAUACAUUCAAACUGAGAUCUUUGAGUUGAAUCAACUCAUACAUUGGCUUCUGUCACAAUCAAUUUGCAUACUGGGUGUGUCCCCCAAUUUCUGGCACUUACCAUCAGUGUGUAGUGAUUCCUCCUAGGCUAGGUUAGGUAAACUUGUAGAUCAUCUAUUUGCAAGUUUACCAAAGGUAUCCAGAAUGUAAAUAGGUGUGACAGAAACCAAUGUAAAAUAAAAAGCUUCCAAUGGCAAUAGACUAAACUCAGUUAAUAUAAGUUGGUUUAACUCAAAGAUCUCAGUUUGAAUGUAUUUGCGCCCACAAUGUUCGGCUAACUUAAAAUAGUUGAGUAUUGUUUAGAAAUAUCCAAUUUUAUGUAAAACAUACUUCUGGGUUUACAGUAUACUUACUUUGAACACAUAUUGUCCCUUAAACUGUUAAUAGAAAUUCUCUGCAAUUACAUGAAAUAAACUCUUUUUUCAUUGGCUUCCAUUCAAAAUGACAAAGUUUUAUCUUUGUUUUGCUGUUUUGGAGAUGCAUGUUUUUCAUUGGACAGCGACAAUAUACUGUAUACUGUUAAGCUUUUUAUGUACAAAGUGGUGAAACUGGUGCUAAAUGAGGUGCUUUAUCUGAUCUUUUCUGUCUGAUUAUGUUUUCAAACAUUUUGUCUGAAAUAUGAGGAGCAUUUCUGUGUUUAUGAGGAGAAUAAACCCAAGACAAACAAAGGCAUCAGAUUUGCUUAUAAAAGGAAGUGACACCAUGCUUUCCCCUUC